AUCUCAAAUCGACCCAUAAGAAAUGCUAGCUGGCAGCUAUAUAUAAAUCAGUCAGACGCAUGGUGCUUGUCACUUCGUCCUGUUAUUUGGAGCGGGUCUUCAGAAUAGGUUUCAGAAGAAAAGAAAAAUAACCGAACUAUGCGAAACUAUUACAGAUCAUUGAAUUUAAAUGUAUUUUCCACAAAUUUGGGAAUUGCGGCUUCUAAUAUAUAUUAAAAAAAAGUUUCCAAGUUAGAUGCCAAAGAUAAGAUACAAACUGCGUGUGGGUGUUCUCUUUAAACUUCAGACAAUCGCAUGAGGAUGUUUUAGUUGGAUUCUACUGAUGGCUGGUUAUGUUCUCAAUUAGUUCUUUUAACUCCGAGCCAGAAAACUGUCCUAAGGAACUUCUGGAUGCAUGGAGAAGGAAGCAUGGCCAAACGGAGGUAUGGAAUUCGAACAAAUUCUUUAAUUGGGAUACUUUUCGGUAUCAUCAGUGGCAUGUUACUGGCCAGUUGGAGUGGUUAUCGGUUUAUCACUUGUGGAUUAUCCCAUGGAAGAUGCUGUAUCUUAGGUCAACUUUCCAAUGAUCCUGUAAAAGUAACGGAUACAUCACAGCCUUAUGCUUCAACUUCAUGCCAGCAAACUCAGGAACCACAGAAUGUUCGAAAAUCUACGAAAAACUUCAUACUUAUUGGUGUCAUGACUGCUAAAAAGUACCUAAAUACCCGAGCAAUUGCUGCGUACAAAACUUGGGCCCGUUCGAUAAACGGAGAAGUGAUUUUCUUUUCUAGUGAAACUUCUCAAGGAAAUGGUGAUCUCCCGGUAGUCGGUCUGCGAGGCGUUGAUGAUACUUACCCACCUCAGAAGAAAUCAUUCAGUAUGUUAAAGUACAUGCAUGAUCAUUAUAUUGAUGAAUUUGAGUGGUUUAUGAGGGCAGAUGAUGAUGUAUACAUCAAAGGAUCACGCCUCCAAAGUUUUUUAAGAUCGAUUAAUAGUUCAAAACCACAAUUUAUAGGCCAAGCAGGGCUUGGGACCAAAGAAGAGUCUGGUCUAUUAAAACUUAAAGAAAAUGAAAACUUUUGUAUGGGAGGACCUGGUAUAGUGUUUAGUCGGGCUACUUUAAAAUUAGUGGCCAGCCAUGUCGACCAUUGUAUGCAGAGUCCGCUCACUUUACAUGAAGAUGUAGAAAUUGGAAGGUGUGUCCAGAAAUAUGCUGGGAUUUCCUGCACUUGGGCUUUUGAGAUGCAGCAUCUUUUCUUUCACAACUACAAAGAGGAGAAAGGAUCAUUCACAUACAGCCUGAACAAAGCAGAUCUAAAUCAAGCCAUCACUUUACAUCCUAUCAAGGAACCAACACAUCAAUUCCGCGUUCAUAAUUACAUUUUAGGACAACGCAUAUCGAGCUUACGCCAAAAGACCCUGAAUCUACACCGGGAGAUAAAUUCAGUAAAUCAGUUGAUAGGGGAACAAGACUCUGAGAAACCAAACAAUCUCGGUUUAAGGACUUCUAUAACAAAAUAUCAUCCAAAAGAUGAGGAUGAUGUUUUUGAGUGGGAUUUUUUUACUCGUCCCUUGUAUUCAGCUGCUGACGUUAAUCCUAAGCGAGGAAUGCCUGCUCAUAUGCGUGUAGCACUUGAUGACAUUAUACAGCAGACCAUACACAUGAUCAAUGGCAAUGCCAGACAGCGUGGCCGUCAUAUUGAUUUUAAAGAAAUUCUUUAUGGUUACCGGAGAUUAAAUCCAUAUUUAAGCUGUGACUAUAUUCUUGACCUGCUUUUAAUAUACAGGAAACACAAAGGACGUCGAAUGACUGUCCCUGUUCGAAGACAUGCAUACUUACAGCAGAAUUUUGGCCCUAUGGAAAUUUUGGAAGACUAUUUUCCAUCAAAUAAGGAAGAAUACAUUUCAUACGAUUCUGUUCAUCCUUUUGCACAUCUCUUUACAGACUAUAAAUCUCCAGAACGGACUAACGUUGAUAAAGCCAAAGAAACUAUACAUAUCGUUCUAUCGUUAUCUGGUCGGUAUGAAACCUUUAAAAGAUUUAUGAAAAACUAUGAACAAAUUGUUCUAAUUCCAAAAGAAAAAGUUCACUUAAAUAUUGUUCUUUUUGACAGCACAGAUGAUACAGCCUUACAGAAAUCCAUAAAUUUGAUUGUCCAGUAUCAACAACUCUAUGGUGCUAAUUCAGUUGAACUUAUUGAAGCUAAUGGAGCAUUUUCUCGGGCUAAGGCUUUGAAAUUAGGCUCAUCUGAUACAAAACCUAAUUCUCUACUAUUUUUUAUGGAUGUCGAUAUUCUCCUUAGUAGGGAUGUUUUUCAACGUGUUCGUAUGAACACCAGACAGGGACUUCAAGUAUAUUUUCCAAUUGUGUUCAGUCAGUUUGAUACAAGAAGUUUUUGCCCUGAUCCAGUUAAUUGCAAAUUUGAUAUUAGAGAUUUCCGUAAUGACUAUGGGAAUUGGCGACAGUUUGGUUUUGGAAUUGCAAGUAUAUAUAAAAGUGAUCUUGAAGCUGUUGGUGGUUUUGAUACGAGUAUUCAAGGAUGGGGCAAAGAGGAUGUUGAUCUUUACCAAAAAUUUAUCAAUAGUAACUUAACUAUUUUUCGCACUGUUGACCCUGGGUUGUAUCAUGCAUUCCAUCAUGUUUCUUGUGAUCCUGCCUUGGAACCAGCGCAGUAUCAAAUGUGUCUUGGUUCUCGUGCUUCUGGUUACCAGUCUGUUCAUGAAUUAGCAAAACAAUUUUAUAGCCAGCCCCAUCUUUUAAAUAGCAGACCAAUGGAUAGUAAUCAUAACUCCUGAUAAAGGCUUUUAUCUCUUUAGGUUCCUUUUUUUUAAAUUUUUUUAUUUCCAUGUACCUGCAGAUACACUUUCGUCAAAUCAUGUGUGAAUAUAUGCUUGUGUGUCUGAUAACAUCUUUGGUAGUCUCAUUAUUGUGUAAAUACAUUACAUAUUGUUUUUUUUUAACAUCAAGAUAUAUAUAUUAUUACCAUUUCAAAAAAAAAAGUUACAUUUGCUUUUAUUUUUUUUCCCCCCAAAAUUAAUAACUUUGAUUUUGGUGGAAGAUAUGUUGUAAUAUUUCUUGCAUUUGAGUUUUUUUUGUUUUUUUUUUUUCACAUAAGAAAUAUUUAUUUCUCUCUAUGUCUUAAAAAAAAAGAAUAAAUUCUAAAAAAAAAAAGAAAACAUCAGAUCAUUGACUAGAAAUCAGAAGUACACCUCAAUAACAAGAUCAGAAAUGAUUUGAAGAACAAUGAUGAUGAUGAUGAGGAUGGUGAUGAUGGUGUUAUGUGCAGCAGUAGAAAUAACAACAAUAAUAGAAAAAAACAACCAGCCAACCAGCUGGAUUUAGAUACUGAAGUUUUAAUUAUUUGUAAAUUUUAUAUGUGCAUGCGUGCGUGCAUAUGAGAGAGAGAGAGAGAGAGAGAGAGAGUAUAUGUAUAUCUCUCUUUUUUGUUUGGUUCUCUGCUAAUUUAUGUGUGUGUGAUGGUGUAAUGUGUGUGUGUUAUCUAUGCACACAUACACACACACACACAUAUACAGUGUGUGUGUAUGUAUAUACAUACACAUACACAUGUAUUCAAAUAUGAAUGGGAAGCAGUCCAAGGGAUAUAAACAGUAUUGAGCUCACAUACACAAGGUAUGUGUUUUGUCAGUUUGUGAGCAAGCUGUAAUUGUAGAGGCAUAAGAGAAUAUAUUCUCAUAAAUACACUUGGUGUUAGAAACACCUGAAAGUCAUAGACAAGCAAGAUAACUUGCAUCAGGUCCCAUUACAAGAACGAUAGACAUUAAUGUUUUGUCAUCUUUGUGACUUGUCAAUACCACAUACGAGACUAUGUGCGAAAUGGUGUAAGAACCAUCUGCUGGUAUGCCCCAACAUUUCAUACCAUGGAAAAGAUUCAAAUAUGAACGAGAAGCAGCCUGAAGGAUAAUAAACAAUUCAAAUACACAUACACAACGUAUAUGUUUUGUCAGUUCAUAGGCAGGUGUUUUAACACCAGGUGACUUCAUGAGAAUGUAUUUACUUAUGUUUACAAUCACAGCCUGCCCACAAACCAAUAAAAUACAUACCUUGUGUGUAUAUGUGUGUGUAUAUAUAUACAUAUAUAUAUAUAUAUAUAUAUAUAUAUAUAUAUAUAUAGGUGUGUGUGUGUGUAUACAUACAGUGAAAACUCUCUACAACAUGAUUAACCUCACAAUGAAAAUAUAUGCAUGCAGUAAAUCUUCAAUUUAAGCAAACCUGAUUAAUAAUAAUAAUAGUAAUAAUAAUAAUUAUUAUUAUUAUCAUCAUUAUUAUUAUUAUUAUUAUUAUUAUUAUUAUUAUUAUACACUGCUAUAAAUGUAGUCACAGCAAAACACUCUUCAAAUUAUACCAUCGGAAAAAGGAUGUAAAACUUAAAUAUUUUUAUUUUAAUAUAAUAAUUUUAUAUUGUGCUCUAGUUCAUAUUGCAUUAAAGCAAAUGGUCUAAAGGUUAAUCAUCAGAUUUUCCGUAUUAAGGAACAUAUUGUCCCUACUUAUUAAUCCAUUAAUCAAGGUUUAUCAUGCAGAUUCUCAUUUUAUUUCUGAUGACACAAAUGAUGACAAGACUUCACUGUAGACUUGUCAGAUGUGUUGGUGCUGUUGAGGCAAUGUUGGUACUUAUUAGUACUGUUAGUCACAAACUGUCAUUAUUAAGAAUAGAUUUACAUAAUCUUCCCAACAAUCAAGCAUAUGUCUUCAUCUCCCACCCCUCUUCUACACCUUUUUUUUUUUUUUGUCAUUAUUUAGUUUUUGGCAUUUCACUGUUCUUCAAAUUAAUAAGCUAAUGGGUGCUAUUUUUGUAUAAAAACACAUCUAUAAAAAAAAACUGUAGAGAUAUGUAACUGUAAAUUGCUAACUAAAUUCUGUAUAAUAAAAUGUGUAUUUCAAUAGUGUCCUA